CUACUUUCGACAGCACGGUCAGAUUUGAUUGUCAAUAGCAGGUAGCACAUUCGUUGCCAAACCCUGCGUCUAAAAGUGUUCAUCCAAACCUGUUAUGUAAAAAGAAACAUUGAAUUUAUUUGAAAUGCAGAUUCUGUGAUUCUGAAUUGAACUGUAUAUGUUAGCAAGUAAGAUGGCUGAUGGGAGAAGUAGAAGAAAGCCAGCCAUUCUGAUGCGUAAAUCAAAAACUCCAUCACUAGAUGCAUCAUCUGGAUCUCUGGUUUCGCAGAGCGAUCUCCAAGGACUAGAAGACAGGGUCCCAGUAGGUCACCAAGAUGCAAAUUCUGGUGAACAACUAUUGAUGCCUGGUGUUGAUAUCCCUGAUGGAUUACAAAUGCAUUCAGGCAGUCAGGAAAUUACCACCACUGAAGUAAUAAUCAUCAUAAAAGACACUGUGCCUGAAAAAAAAAGAAGGCGGCGCAAGAAAGAAGCAAGCAACGUACAAAAGGAAUCAAUUCAGCAGGAAUUGCCAGUUCCUGCUACUAUUACUCCACCCCUUCUGGGAAGCAGUAAUUCAUCUGCAGCAUCAGUUACUUCUUUCCAAGUUCAUAGUUCGUCAGUUGGUAUUGCACAAGAUUGUGCAGCUACAGAGCAUGUUAUUGAGAGGAGUGUUGAAGCAACUUCUGGAGAGACACUGACUGCCAAGAUAUCCCAAGUUAAACAUUGUAGUUUGAAAGAUCCAGAAAAGAAAAAGAUUUGUCAUGAGGAAGCAAAACAAUUUCCUGACAAAGAAUUAAAUUCAAAAUUGUCUAUAGAACAUCCUCCUUCUCACACUGAAAGUACAAAGCUGCCAGACAAUGAUACACCAACAGCUGAGAGAUGCAGCUCACAUGCGAUAGACGAACCCUCUGCCAGUGAGAAAAUAGCAAACGUAGGUGAAGCAAAGAUUUUGCAGGCUACGAGUGUAACUGUUGAUGUGGAUGAUUCUUUAAAUUGCUUAAAAGAAUGUAGUCAUAGUAACUCGUCUAAUUCUUCUUCUGAUGGGACAUCAGCCUCUGGCAGAAGCUCACCGAUAAUUCCUCUUGUUUCUCCAUUUUAUAAAACAACUAAAAUCUGCAGAAGCACAUCUGCAAAUUCUAAUGUUAAACUGUUGGAAAGCUCUUCAACAUCAACUGAGAUGCUAACUGAUUCAAAAAUUGAAUCACAAAAACCUGAGACUAAAUUAUCUGAUGAGCCUUCAGCAACCAAGAAGUUAUCGUCAGCUACAAAAGUUUCAAGCAGUCCCUCAUUGUCUCACUCUAGAGGAAGUAUGUCACAACUUGCUAUGAAGACUUCUGUAUCUAGUACAGCUCCUUCAUGCCAUGACUCUAAUGAAUCUGUCAUAAUCUGUAAGCCAGACAGUCAAAUUACGCAAGACUCAAAACAUGGAUCUAACAAAUUACCAGAGAAAGGUAAGGUGGAGCAAUCAGGUUUUAUAGCCAAGAUCAACAAUUCAAAGAAAGCAGGAUCCACUGACAAAGAUACUUGUAAGCAUGAUGUUCACACACUAUCAUUAGGUGUACCACCUGUAAGUAAAUUUGGAAAAAACAUUACAAAUGAUCAAACUUGUACAGAAAACACGUCAGGAUUCAAAGAUCUGUCAUCUUCGUCUUGUAUAAAGCAUAAUGUACAACCAAUGGCAGAAAGAAAAAGCUUCCCUCAGGGAACUGUAAUACAUGUGAAAAAACUUACUUCUAUAUUCAACAUCACAGUAAAAAUACCCAUCAAAAAAGAAGGUGAAAGCAAGGUGUACCACAAAGAAAUUAAGUUGCAGAUUCCCAAAUGUACAGUGAAAGAUGAAGACAUAGCUGGUGCUGUAAAAAAACUGGUUUUACCCAUGUUGGACCAUGUCUUACAACCUUUCACUGUUAAACCUAAAACAGAUAGCAGCACAAAUCAGACUAAAUCCACUGUUAGGGAAAUCUCAAACCAGAAAGAGUUGCAAACAUCUGAUGUUUUCAAAGAUAAUGGUGACCUGAUAGAGAGUAGUAUUGCAAUAGAUGCAGUUGUUGAAAAAUCAUCACAACCCAUAAAUGUGCCACCUGUUUCAAUUCAAGAUGAUGAUGAUGAUGAUGAUGAUGAUAAAAAUGAUUGCGUAAUAAUUGAUAUGCCAGAACGGAAGAGAGAAAGUCUUUUGAUGGAUGAUCCUGGAGAUUCAGAAGAUGUAAUUGUCAUUGGUGUGGAUAGUGGUAUAAAAGAUCUUGACUCUGGUGGGGGUAAAAGUAAACCUUGUCCAGCAAAGGUUGAUCAUACCAGUUCUCCAGAACUCAUCUGUUUAGAUUCACCAGAAAAAGUAGAACCAGUAGUACAAUCAUGUAUUAAACUAGUUAAGGAGAACAUACAAGAUGAACCUCAAAUAGAAGAAGUAACUGUUAAAAAGAGUCUUGAAGUACAUACUCUAGAUACACCUGUAAACGAAGAACCAGUUGUUGAACAGAGUCCUAAACGUGUUACGAGAAAAAACAUACGUACUGACUUUGGCAAAAUACUAGUGUCCGAGUUGGUAAGGGUGAAGACAGAUCCCCAAACCAACAAAGUGAUGUUUAUAUGUAAAGUGUGUUGUGAGAGCUUUCCUUAUCAUUCACGGUUGAAGGAACAUCUUGAGACGAUGCACAGUAAUUUGCCAUCUACCGUUGUAUGCAUUGACAUAGAUGAGGAUAGUGAGUUGACAAAUGCACAGGAAGUGAGGAAAAUACCUCUACAUAAAACUGAAGAUUCAUCUGAAGCAAGUUUUGACAUUACAAGUUCUGCAGAUAAAAACAGUUUAUCUGCUGAUCUUAUCUCAAGUGAUGUUAGUUCUUCUAAUAGCAUUUCUGUCUGUCCAUUUCUAUGCGAGUUCUGUCCACUUCGGUUCAGGGAUUUUGACACUGUACAGAGGCACAUGAGCAAUGUACAUCAAUUGAAUCGUCAAAAUAAAGUGAGCACAAAUGAGAUUGUUACGGACGCUGUUAUUGAGAAGCUUUGGAUCAAACCGAAGAUUUUUAAAAACAGAGAAGAGAAGAUGAAAUACUAUUCAUACUAUUGUGAAGUUUGUGAUAAAGGGUUUUAUACAAAUCAUAGUUACCAGCGACAUAUCGCAAACCAUUCCGGCAAAGUAUAUAAUUGCACAGAGUGUUCAUUUUCGACAGUGAUUCAAGUGGCAUAUGCUGGUCAUAUGAGGAUCCAUAAAAAAAAUUACAAUGAGUCUCCUGUCAAGAAAGGAAAUGUGCUGAUAGCAAGUAAUAAUAAUUCACCUCCAACAGAAACUGCAAUUGUGAAGGAAGUAAAUUCAACUCCAGUGGAAACUGGAAUUGUAAAAAAAAUAAAUGUAUCACCAAUGGAAACUGCAAUUGUGAAGAAAAUAAAUUCAUCUCCAACAGAAACUACAACUGUGAAGGAAGUAAAUUCAUCUCCAACAGAAACUACAACUGUAAAGGAAGUAAAUUCAUCUCCAACAGAAACUACAACUGUGAAGGAAGUAAAUUCAUCUCCAACAGAAACUACAACUGUGAAGGAAGUAAAUUCAUCUCCAACAGAAACUACAACUGUGAAGGAAGUAAAUUCAUCUUCAACAAAAACUGCAUUUGUGAAAGAAACUGGCUUUAAAACACGGAGAAAGAAGACAUCUGUUCACUCACUCAAGAGUUCACUUAGAACCUACCAGUGCUUGUUAUGUUCAUUUUCUUCAGUUGGCCAUCAUGCAUAUGCAGGGCACAUGCGAACACAUAAAGGGUCAGCCCAAACAGGUGCUAGCUCUAGGAAGUUCUACCCAUGUAAGCUUUGUUCUUUUUAUGCAGAUACUCUGAUUGCAUAUGCUAGACACAUGAAAUAUCACAAAUGUGAUAAAAGAAAAAUGUCAACUAUCGAAACAGAAAAGCCUUGUAAAUCUGUGGUGUAUCCUGAUGCUAAAUCCGUGGAGUAUCCUGAUGCUAAGUCCGUGGUGUAUCCUGAUGCUAAGUCCGUGGAAUAUCCUGAUGCUAAAUCCGUAGCGAAUCCUGAUGCUGUGAAAAACCCCAAAAAGGUAAAUGACACAAAGUCUCCAAAUAAAGGUCCAUGCUGGUGUACAUAUUGUGGAAAAGAGUUUUUAAACAACGGUGCAUUAGUGACACACGUGUUGCAUCUUCACAAUGAGAAGAAAUUUGUGUGCAGUAAAUGUCCAGCAGCAUUUUCCAUCAACUAUCUAAGAGAGUUGCAUGAGAAAAAACACAGUAUGGACUUGGAUCUUCAAUGUAACAUGUGCACCUUCAGUACUCAUGAUAAGUCAGAGUUUCUGGACCAUGAGAAAGUUCAUGUAAACACCAUAGGUUUAUUGUGCAACUUUUGCAGCUUUGUAUCCAAAGACAAAGAGGAAUUAUUUGAACAUAUUGGUACGCUGCAUAAAUAUGGAUGUAAAGAAUGUCCGUUCACCACUGACAAAGAAUCACUUUUGAUAGCUCAUCUGGUUGAAACAAAACACUCACUAACUGCUAAGGUAGCACCGGAGAAGGACUCGAUCACUUCAGCUGCAACGAAUAUAACAAAACCAAAACACCCAUGUAGCCAGUGCAACUUCCUUGCCACCUCAGAGAAAUCUCUCCACCUUCAUGUGAGAGCUAAACAUCAGAAGUUUCACAAAUGUUCAUACUGUUCAUUUAGAAGUUACUCACUCAAAAAAUAUUUGACACACACUAAAUCUUCUCACAGACGAAGCAUAGAGUGUCCGUUCUGCCCAUACUCUACCAGAUCACCCUACCGAAUGAUUAAGCAUGAACAGCAGCACAGGACUGGCCAGUUGUACAAAUGUAAACACUGCAGCUUCUCCACAACUGAGAGGUGGUCUUAUGAAAAACAUUUACAGUCAAAUCAUCAAAGCAAAAAGCCUUUUCGAUGUGAAAAAUGCAACUAUGGUACCUCAUACCGGCAUAAUCUGCGUCGACAUUUUGUCAAGCAUUAUGCCCCUGUUUAUGAAUGUGAUUUCUGUACAUACUGUACAAUGGUGCAAGACAAAUUUCAUCUGCAUAUGGAAAUGAAUCACACUUCUCUAAAGACUAUAGCAUGUGCGAAAUGCACAUUGCUGUUCGAAUCACAGACACAGCUUAACCGGCAUAUACACAUUAAACACGGAGAUGCUGUAUCUGAACAUAUUGUGAGAAUUGACAUAAGUGCUGGAUUUCGAUGUGAAGAAUGUAAUUUCAAAGUUCAGUCAGUAUCAGAGUUGGAGAAACAUUGGACCCAGGAUGGAACAUGUAAGACACAUAAAUGUAAUAAAUGUGUUUACUACUGUAGUAGUGAAGAACAUCUCUUGGAACAUCAACAAAUACACUGUGAAACACCGCCCGUAGAACAGGCAACAGUUUCUCCCUCUUGCUACCAAUGUGGCCUGCCAUUGAGCUCCAUAAAAGAGCUGAUAACUCACAAGAAAAAACAUAUAAAGAAUGAUGGACUGAUGCAUUGUAGAAUCUGUAAGAUCAGCGUAGUUGGAGUUGAUCAUUAUGAGAAGCACAUGGCUACCCAUCAUGCUGAUAAAAUACAGUGUGAGAUAUGUCCAUAUAAGGCACCCCAGCUGGCUGCUGUAGUUAAACAUCAGGAACUGCAUUGUGACGAUUUCUUCUAUAAGUGUGACAUAUGCCUCUUCUCUGUUGAUAGUGAAAUCAUUCUAGAUGGACAUAAAAUUCUACAUGCAACUUCACCACCUGAUUCAUCAGUUACAUAUCUUAGUAGGAGGAAUAUGAUAAAGGAUACUAAAGUGAAAACAAGGAAUGUGGUACAUGGGAAUUUGUCGAAAACUGGAACUCCAAGCAAAAGAAGUUCAACAGUUACAAGUGCAUGCUCCCCAAGUCAUUCAAAGGUGCAUGAUACUGCUACACUUUCAGCAUUUCCAGAGCAUAAAAGUAAACCUUCUGCAUUGCACCAGAAAGUUCUCAAGAGGAAAACGAAAGCUAAUUAUGGGCAUUGUGACAGUGGAUUCUCAAGUUCUCCUGAAAUAAUGUUGUCUUUGACCACUGAUAACAUUGGUAUGAAUGACCAACAUGCCGGUUCACCACAGUUUACUCAAUGCACACUAUCUGAUGGUGAUUCUCCAAUGGUUAGAAAACAGAUUCCUAGACUCUGUAUAAAGAGGAAAUUUGCCAAGACAGAUCCUGUUCCACCUUCUGUAGGUUUAGGUUCAAAGAAAACCAGGCAUGCGCUAAUUGGAGAUUCGCUGCAAAGCUCCUCAGAGACUCUUGCAGAAAGUUCAAAUUGUGAUGAGGAAGGUAACACUUCAAACCGGCAGUCUGAUAGUGGACUGACCAGUGCAUCUGAAACAUCUAGUACAAAAAGACUGGCACCAAGAAGAAGAAGAAGAAAACAAAACUGUCCAUGGUUAUCUAGUGGGAGAAAAAAAAAAAGGAGGAAGGUAGUUCAUCAGAAGAACAAAUCUAAUGAGAGUGUGAUUGAACCGUGUAUAAAUCUUUUGAACAGGCCAGCCACAAUGACAUCUCAAGAACAAAAGAUCCUUGAGGAACCUUCCGUACUGUUUUCUGACUCCACAGCUGAUGUAACAUGUGUUGAUAAAAGUGCUGGUAAUUUGAACCCAACAACAGAGCCUUCAAGUGCCCCUCAAGAUGGGAAAACUGACAGAAAGUCAAGUAAAAGACCCAGAGCAAAGCAGAAUUGCCCUUGGACAGUCAAGAAAAAGAAAAGAAAGAAGAAGAAAGAAGUGGAGGAAGAAAAAAUUCUCACAAUUCCCUACUCAGAGGUCCACAAUUUGGUACUGAAGAAUGCACAGAAAAAGAACAAAACAAAGAUGCCUUAUAUCUGUAAGUUUUGUGAACGAGGUUUCAACGUUGCCGAAGAAUAUCAGCGACAUCAUUUCAGACAUUUGCAGCCAUGGAAUGAAGCUAAUUAUUAA